AUGAGCGAAAUCUUCAGAAAUCCCCCCUCUAUCCAUCAAAAUGAUGUUGAUGAUUCUUUUGAUGUUGAAAAGGACGCAAAUGUUAGCAUGGAAAAGGAAAAGAAUAUUGAGCAAUUCACGGUUCUUUCCGAUGUCUCCAAGGAUUCGCAUUCUAGCACCGAAAGAAGUAUCUUGAAUCCCCUUUUUGAUGAAACUUUCAAGUAUAUGCAAGUAGCAAAGGACCUAGAGCCUUUAAGUCCUAAACAGGAUAAAAAAUUACGCUGGAAGCUUUACUUUAGCGUUCUUGCGAUGGUUAUGGUCUUAGACAUGAUGUUGUAUAUCGACAAAGCUACCCUCAGUUACUCUAGUAUCCUUGGCCUAUUUGAGGAUACACAUAUCACAAAAGACCAAUACAAUAAUCUAAACACACUCUUCUAUGUUGGAUAUAUAAUUGGUCAAAUUCCUGGCCAUUUAUUACUGCAACGAUUUCCUGUGGGAAAAUUUGUCGCUGGCUCUACAGCUCUUUGGACGAUCAUAAUAUUUCUACAUUGCACGGCUUAUAAUUACAGCGGACUCAUGGCGCUUCGUUUUUUCCUCGGUCUCGUAGAAUCCACUUUGCUUCCUACGAUGGAAGCAACUCUCGGCAUGUUUUUCCCACACAAUGAACUAACUUUUCUUCAACCUGUCUUUUACAUUUCUUGCUAUGGAUGUAACAUUCCUGCUGGCUUUAUUGCGUACGGCGUGCAAUACGCUACUAAUACCGUCUCUCCUUGGAAGCUCUUUAUGAUCAUCGUUGGAGGUCUCACAUUCUUUAUGACCCUUUGGCUCUUCUUUUACUAUCCUGAUAAUCCUGCCAAGGCAAGAUUUUUGACAAAAGCUGAACGGUUGUAUACAGUAGACCGCGUACGCAGAAACAAUAACAGCGGUAUCGAAUCCAAGAGGUUCAAAAAGCAUCAAGUAAUUGAGGCUUUAAAAGAACCGGUUACUUGGCUGUUUGCUCUUCAUGUUUUAACAAAUCAACUUUCUAAUAAUCUGGCUUAUCAACAAAACUUGCUUUUUACUAGUUUGGGCGUGUCGAAUUUGAAUUCUACGUUGGUCAGUGUCGCCAAUUCUGGAUACAAUUGUGUGAGCUCCAUGCUCGCUACUUACCUGAUGAGUCUAAUCGUGAAUCAAAGUGCAUUUCACGGAGCCUUUUGGUACAUUCCCAGCAUCGCUGGAGGAAUUGCAUCCGUUGCCAUGUCCUGGAACCAUAAAAUCGGAGAAUUAGCUGCCAUUAUUAUAGCAUCCAAUUUCGGAAUUCCUUUUAUUAUUUCCCUUGGAUGGAUGUCGGCCACAUGCGCUGGAUACACCAAAAAGCUUACUAGAGGCGUUUUGUUUAUGAUUGGAUAUGCAGUAGCCAACAUCAUUGGCCCUCAAAUGUGGCAGAGCCACGAUGCUCCUAGAUAUUAUCCCGCCUGGAUUGCACAGAUUGUUGUUGCUUGGUCGGUUUCUCCCAUGAUUCUUCUAAUCAUUCGCUGGAUCCUUGUCCGUAAAAAUAAUGAACGCCGUCGUUUACGUGAACAAAACAGCGAAGAAAAGCUUUCCAAGACUUGGGUAGAGUUUGUAGACUCCUCUGGAAACCCUACUUCAGGAUUUAUCGAUAAUUCCAUGUUGGACCUGACUGACCAAGAAAACUUGAUGUUUGUUUAUCCAUUGUAA